AUGAGUGAAAAAGCGCCUUCGGAGUUUGUGCUGGAUGUUACCUUGGGCUCGGUCACCUCGAUCCUCGUUGCAAGGAGAGCAAAGGCGUUGGAGGAAGUUCUGUCGAAGGUGACAACGGCCAGGCUGUCCCUUUGGGGUGACCAGCCAGGAGUAAGCACUUUGGCAGGCAAUUCCUAUGUGCUCAAUGCUGUUGAGUAUGCAAAAGAGAACCCGAUGACAGCUUUGUGGACUGCGGGACCAGUGGUGUUCAGCGCAGUCGUUGGAGCUGCGAGGUCAACUUACAACUACUUCUUUCCACCUCAGGAGGGAUGGCUUGGCGGCUGGGAUGGGGGAUUGCUGGCCGGUGGCGCAGGUGCUACUUUGUUUGGCGGUGCAGCCGCUACUACUGGAUGGUUUGGACAACCCGCACCAGCAACCAGCAGCUGGUUUGGCUUUGGCAGCCAGCCGGCAGCAUCUAGCAGCUGGUUUGGUGGAGGGGGGUAG